AUGAAGGACUGUUCGGUUACAGAGGGUAUUGAUGCUCAUCGUGUCCGUCCGAGUAUAGAAGGUGGGUUCAGAGAACUAGGCUACUCUGGUCCUGUCUCCAUCAAAGCCUAUGGAGACCAAAAACGAACCCCUGACCACCUGCUACAAGCUCUCUCUUCCACUGGAGUCGCGGUGGUACAUAUCAGAUCUGAAAGCACGUGCACGCUCAUGUACAAGGAUAUGGUGAAAUGGCGAGAGGAUAAUCUUCCUCCGGCUACAAUGAUGAUCAUAACCAAUCAGAUGCUAGAUGUCUUCCAUUGGGAUCUGGCCCGGCUUCAACAACGCACGCGUUACGACCUUUUUCUGGCGUAUUCAGUCAAACCUCGCGCAGAAUUGUACGUGGCCACUCGCGAAGUGUGGCUCUGGGAAAAAUUACUACUUGGGACGACGACGUCGACAAGCGCAGACACUGCGGGUGAAUUAUCUAGUGGGUUUCAUUGCAAAUCUUGCUCUUUGGAUUACCAAAGCGUGAAAAGUUUCAAAGAGCAUUUCUUCACUGAAAAUCAUGCCCACAAUGAGGUUUUAUACCCUCAGCCUACACAACUCCUAUCUGUAACGUUCAACUGGGGGAAGAACUACGCUGCGACGCCUGAAAAUGCGACAGCUAAAAUCCAUGUGUUUUGGGACAUGUUUGACUGUCCUAUUCCAGGCGGUUAUGAUCCUCGUCGGGUCCGUCCCAGUUUGGAAGGAGCGUUCAAGAAACUAGGCUACUCUGGUCCUGUCUCCAUCACUGCCUAUGGUGACCAUAAACAAACCUCUGAUGUCCACCUUCAAGCCCUCUCUACCACUGGAAUCGAUGUUGCACAUGUCAUUCCGGGUUAG